AAACACACCCAUUGAUUUCAGUGGGAGCGCAAGCGAAGAGGAUCGACACACAGAAACAGAGCAGUCGAGGAGGAGAAACGCCUCCAACCACCCGUCACAUCAAAGCUCUCGUAUUUAUCCCAUUCUUCACAAGUACAUAUAUACAUCAGCCUUCGGAGUUUGCAACAAAUCGUGGAGGAAAACGGCUUCAUCCUGACCGAGCGUCCGCCUGCAUUUCGGGAAUAACCAAGGAGUUCCACUCCCCGGGGCGCAGGGCUUGCAUCGUGGCUCUUUCAGAAGUGGUAUGUCCAAGGGAUACUACGGGCACAGUUGAACUCCUGCUUUCUCCCAAAGAGGAUUCAAUGAAAAUGUCCGUGUGCGUCCAUGAGAACCGAAAAUCCAGAGCCAGCACUGGCUCCAUGAACAUCUACCUUUUUCAUAAGUCCUCCUACGCUGACAGCGUUCUCAUGCACCUUAACUCGCUGCGGCAGCAAAGGCUUUUCACAGAUGUCCUGCUUCAUGCUGGCAGCCGCUCCUUCCCCUGCCAUCGUGCCGUUUUGGCCGCCUGCAGCCGCUAUUUUGAAGCCAUGUUCAGCGGUGGGCUGAGGGAGAGUCAGGCAAGUGAGGUGAACUUCCGAGACUCAAUCCAUCCGGAGGUUUUGGAGUUGCUGCUGGAUUACGCAUACUCGUCACGUGUGGUUAUCAAUGAGGAGAAUGCAGAGUCACUGCUGGAGGCUGGGGACAUGCUGGAGUUUCAGGACAUACGUGAUGCCUGUGCUGAAUUUCUUGAGAGAAACCUUCACCCAUCCAACUGUCUUGGCAUGCUGUUGCUGUCUGAUGCCCACCAGUGUACCAAGUUGUCAGAGCUCUCCUGGGGCAUGUGUCUAAGCAACUUCCCUGCUAUUUGCAAGACAGAGGACUUCCUCCAACUACCCAAAGACAUGGUAGUGCAGCUUUUGUCACACGAGGAGCUAGAGACAGAAGAUGAGAGACUGGUUUAUGAAGCUGCCCUUAACUGGAUCAACUACGACCUGGAAAGUAGGCAUUGCCAUCUUCCAGAGCUCUUGAGAACAGUCCGCCUUGCCCUGCUGCCUGCCAUCUUUUUAAUGGAGAAUGUCUCAACAGAAGAGCUGAUCAACGCCCAGGCAAAGAGCAAGGAACUGGUAGAUGAAGCUAUCCGCUGUAAGCUGAAGAUCCUGCAGAAUGAUGGCGUUGUCAACAGCCCCUGUGCUAGACCAAGAAAAACUAGCCAUGCCCUCUUUCUUCUGGGUGGGCAGACAUUCAUGUGUGAUAAGUUGUACUUGGUGGACCAGAAGGCCAAAGAGAUAAUCCCCAAAGCUGACAUUCCCAGCCCCAGGAAGGAGUUCAGUGCCUGCGCCAUUGGCUGUAAGGUGUACAUCACUGGUGGGAGAGGAUCUGAAAAUGGCGUGUCCAAAGAUGUAUGGGUCUACGACACUGUCCACGAAGAAUGGUCAAAGGCGGCGCCUAUGCUCAUCGCCAGGUUUGGCCAUGGCUCUGCAGAGCUGAAACACUGCCUCUAUGUUGUAGGAGGACACACUGCAGCAACUGGUUGCCUCCCAGCUUCUCCAUCUGUGUCACUUAAACAGGUCGAACAGUUCGACCCAGUGGCAAACAAGUGGACCAUGGUGGCUCCUCUGAGAGAGGGCGUGAGCAAUGCAGCAGUCGUCAGUGUAAAACUCAAGCUGUUCGCCUUCGGAGGAACCAGCGUCACCCAUGACAAACUGCCCAAAGUGCAAUGCUAUGAUCCGCAGGAGAACAGAUGGACCGUGCCAGCAUCCUGCCCGCAACCAUGGCGCUACACAGCUGCUGCUGUGUUGGGAAACCAGAUCUUUGUUAUGGGUGGAGAUACAGAAUUCUCAGCAUGCUCAGCUUACAAGUUCAGCAGCGAGAACUACCAGUGGACUAAAGUGGGUGAUGUGACUGCCAAGCGGAUGAGCUGCCAGGCUGUGGCAUCAGGAAACAAACUAUAUGUGGUUGGCGGGUACUUUGGUACUCAGCGGUGUAAAACUCUGGACUGCUACGACCCUACCCUUGAUGCAUGGAACAGCAUCACAACUGUGCCAUACUCGCUCAUUCCUACAGCUUUUGUCAGCACCUGGAAACACCUGCCAGCUUGAAUCCCAAGUUGUCUACUUGCACCCUCUCCAUUAGAUUUCCCUGUUUUGCAUCAUCUACCGGUCUCCCAACUGUGAAGAAUAACACAUUCUCUUCCUCGAAAAGAGAUGCCGAGCAGUGAUGUACAGACGCCCACAUUCAUUUUGAUGUUGCAAAGAUGCAGAGGCAGAGACGCCAACAGCUGGACAGUUUCUGAGAAGGAUGAAGAGACAUACAGUACGACGGAUUGCGCAAACAAACCAAACAAACUGCUGCUUGUUCCAUGAGGCACAAACUUGUGUGCACUUUGUGCUUUUAUGCUGCCAUAGGAGCGCUGCAAACAUAUCAUAAACCUGCAUUUUUACCAUUGUAGUCACAAAAGGCUUGUGAGAUUAUGUGUUGAUGUUUUUCUCUAUGACAUAAAAAGAAAGAAGAAAAAAUAAAGCAUGAUUUUCAGAUGAAUGGAGGGGGGAAGCAGUGAUUGGUGUGCUGAAGAAGAAAAAUCAACUCAGUCUGACUGAAUAUAUAUGAUUUAUGAAAAGCACAAUGAAGGAGCAAAUCUCCCCCUUCCAUCCUUUAAUAAGCUCUUCUAUUUGUAUCCUCUUAUUGUUUUCAAGCUUGUGUUUUUAAUAGCUUUGACACAAAAACAAAACCUUCGAGUGUUCCCUGUGUGAAGGCUUGGGUGGUUGGUUGUCACUGCCACUCAGGAGGUGUUGAUGAGCAACACCAGCUGAGGUUGAGGGGGAUGGGAAGGGGAUCUGUGCCUGGCCAGGGGGGGUCAAGGUGCCUCCAGGUCAUGGCCUAUACACGUUUGCUGUUUUUUGUCUACAUGUUAACACCUUCCCGGGCAGUAUUCAGUGUUUGGAGUCACUGCUUCAGAAGGAACGCUGUCAUGUUGAGCUGUUCGCUUAAUGCUGUAAAGACCGGCUGUGCUUCUGUUCUUCUGAUAAAGGCAAUGCCUCCCUUGCUGAGUCAAAGCUCAGCCCCCCUUUUUUUAGAGCAUGUCCACUCAUAGUGAUUCAGUAAAACUGGCAUGAACUCUUCAGAAAUCUUGUCACCUUAACACAAACUGAGGAUUUAUCAGUUUCUUCUUAAACUUGCUGCAAUGUAGUCUUAAUUUAUAUUACAAUGACAACUCUCUUAUGUUAAUAUGUUUAAUCCUAUUUAUUUCUUCUCUGCCUGCAUUCAUAUGUGAAUGUAUGUUGGGUUAUGUCAUGCAUGGUCAGGUGUUGUGUUUUAUUUGGUCUCAGUGGGGCUGCAUUUUGCACAGUUAAUACUUUCGCAGGAGGAACUUGUUCUUGAAAAGACACUUCCAGGGUUUUCAGUUAUUUCAGUGUGUGGAAAGAAAGGAUGACUCACAUUAAUGUGGACAUGAGAGAUUGCAAAGACCAUGUGGUCCUCAAGAAAUGAAGACUAAAUGAUAUUGAAACUUCAAACCUAGUUAAAAUGCCACACAUGAACACAACCUGUAUCGAUUACCAAUUAUAAAAAAAAAAACAAAAAAAAACUGCUGGAAUGGCACAGUGUGUGACCCAUUAACUACUAGGGACAUCGCAAAGCAACCCUGACAUGGUUAAGAAUGCUACAGUCUUUGCAGCUGUCCCAAGGGCAGGUGGCGGACUGUCACAUGUACCAAUAUGGCACGUCUGAGUGUUAACCCACAGGCCUCUUAACCAUUUGGUUUGACGGAGAGUUCUAUCCAGAAAGCUGUGCAUUGUUAAGGGCAGACACCGCAGUGCUUUUCACCAUAGUGUCAUUAAUGCAGAUUAAAAGAAAAAUUGCAAGUUCCUGUUGACCAAAAAAACAACAAAUGUCUUAAAAUACUUGGUAACUUUAAUCAGUGUUUAUGUCUGUGUGUCUGUCUAGGUGAUCUGAGCAUUGACAUGGUACAACUGAAUAUCAAUUAAAUUUCAUUGUAAAGGUAAUGUCUUGGUAAAAUAUGUAUAUUUUGUUUCUGUUGCUCUUUGUGAACUCAUGAAUCACAUCAAAUGGUAAAUAGCUCCCAAUAUUCUGGUUCAGCUCCUUAAGCCACACAGAAAUCCCUCUUUUUGUGAAUUAAGGGACUUCUGCGAAGGCCAUUGUAAGUCCAUAAUGUUGACCUCAUCCAACCACUGAACUCAGACUUUGUCCCCCACCAAUCAGAUAAGAGCAUUUCUUUCCCAUAGAAUACAAGUUUCCCCAGCAACAGCGAGUAAUGAAUGCCCCUUCAAUUUGCACCUAAUUGCUGAGUGGCAUUUCCCCAUUUCUACUCUUGCCCUCCUCUUAUCCUCUUGUUUCAUGUGGAAAUCCAGCUGGCUCUGACUCCAGCACGAUAUCUUGCUUCUCCUAAUGAUGUAAAUUAGACAGAAAAAUACUGUCAGUCUGCAUCAAUUUUUUUUUUCAUCAUGUAAGUUUAAUUUCUAUUUUUUAUGGUGUUAUUUUGUACAUGUGAUUUUUUUCACCAUGUGAAAUUCAUGGCUAAUAAACAUAAGAGUUUUUUCCUCUUGA